UGUCCUGAAGAUGGCAAUAUUGCAGAAGCACCCACCAAGGGAAAACAGGAAGCAAAAGCACGGAAGAAGAACAAGCCACCGCGACUGGAAACUACGAUGCUAAAGGAGAAUCCUUGGAAUAUACCUCCUAAUGCUCCAGCAUGCAUGGAGAAGCAUCUGUGUGCGGCGCAAUACAAAGCAGAUGGCACUUUGUUGCUCGGUUCUUCCAGUCUGUCUGGCAGGAGUUGGCAGGGCUCUGUGUGGAUCUACAGUAACCCCGAGCAGGCCCCAAAUGAGGGCUUCUGCAAAGCUGGCGUGCAGACUGAGACUGGAGUAACGGACGUCAAGUGGGCAUCAGAAAAGGGUUUUGUCGUGGCAGCGGAUUCAGGUGCCUUGGAAUUUUGGGAACUGGAUGAGGAUGAGCGCCUCCUUGUCAACCGUUUCACCAAGCAUGAGCAUGAUGAUAUUGUUACCAGUGUGAGCCCUGCAGCUGCAGGAAACACCGCCAUCACUGGGAGUAUGGAUUGUAGAAUUAAAGUGUGGGACCUGAAUCAGGAGAUGGUUGUCACGUCUUACAGUGCUCACACACAAGCGGUCACUUGCGUUGCCUGCAGUCCUACAGACGAUUCUCUUUUUGUCUCCUGUGGUCAGGAUGGCCGCGUGCUUAUGUGGGACACGCGGACACCAAAUAAACCUGCCACAAGAAUAGAGACUUCCAACUGUUUGCCCACCACUGUCUCUUGGCAUCCUCAGCAAAGAAGCACCAUUGCAUUUGGCGACGAGCUCGGCAGAGUGACCGUCAAGGAUUUCCUCGGGACAGAGCCGGGCCGUGUGGCGAGCGUCCACAGCCGCAGAGUUAACAGCCUGGCAUUUUCUACACAGAGCGCAUCUUUGCUGGCUUCCAUUAGCGACGAUUGUGUUUUAAAUUCAGAACUCCAAGAAAUAUUCAGAGAUCGGCGCCAUCAAGACUUUGUCAGGGGCGUGUGCUGGCUCCACGCAGGCUCGAAUAAACUUACCACUGUGGGCUGGGAUCACCUUGUGCUUCACCACACCGUGGAGCCAACAGGGGGCGCCCCGAACUCGUCUUAGACCCAACCACUAGAAAUUGUAAACUUUCAAUUCUAUAGUCUUUGCAAAUCAUGUUAUGUUUAGCAAAUAAACCAUGUCAAAUAAAAAAAUUUCAGUGUCAAUG